AUGAGCACAAAAAAGCAUAUUGUUUUUAAGAAGGUCUCCAGGGACAAGUCGGUGGGGGUCUAUAUGGGCAAGAGAGAUUUUGUAGAUCAUGUUGAUUAUGUGGAUCCUGUGGAUGGUGUAGUUCUGGUGGAUCCAGAGCUCCUGAAAGGAAAGAAAGUCUAUGUAAUGCUAUCCUGCAUUUUCCGAUAUGGUCGUGAUGAUAUGGAUGUCCUUGGGCUGGCAUUCCGGCGUGAUAUCUAUGUGAGCACCCGUCAGCUCUACCCUCCAUUGCAGGACCGCAGGGCCCACACCAAGAUGCAAGAACGUCUCCUGCGUAAACUGGGAGACAACGCCUAUCCUUUCUUCUUUGAGCUUCCAGAUAAUCUGCCCAGCUCUGUAGGUCUGCAGCCAUCUCCUACAGAUGUGGGAAAGUACUGUGCUGUUGACUUUGAAGUCAAAGCCUUCUGUGCUGAUAACCAGGAUGACAAGAUUCAUAAACGAAAUUCUGUGCGGCUGAUGAUCCGUAAAGUACAGUAUGCACCAGAGAAAAGUGGCCCUCCACCUACUGUUGAGACAACCCGGGAAUUCCUCAUGUCUGAUGGACCACUGCACCUUGAGGUCAGCCUAGAAAAGCAGACCUACUACCAUGGAGAACCAAUAAAUGUGCAAGUCAACAUCAGCAACAAUUCCUCGAAAACGGUCAAGAACAUUACUCUCACAGCUGAGCAGGUGGCUACAGUGGUCCUCUACUCUAACGACAAAUAUGUUAAACCCGUGGCCAUGGAAGAGGCUGGAGAUAAAGUACCACCUAAAUCCAGCUUUAAAAAGGUUUAUAAACUCCUGCCUUUGCUGGCUAACAAUCGGGAGAGACGAGGCCUGGCCCUGGAUGGCAAACUCAAGCAUGAAGACACCAAUUUGGCUUCAACCACAAUUGUGAAGGAAGGAGUUGAAAAAGAGGUCCUGGGCAUUUUGGUUUCUUAUCGGAUAAUUGUGAAGCUGGUAGUAGGAGGGAUUUUGGGUGACAUUGCUGCUAGUGAGGUUGGAGUGGAGAUCCCCUUUGGCUUAAUGCACCCGAAACCAGAUUCAGUGAAGGAAAGUGAACAAGAAGAGGAAAUGGUGUUCGAAGAAUUCAAACGCUCAUAUUUGAGAGGAUUUGUUGAUGAAGAGAAGGAAGAAGAUGAUGAUGAUGGGAAUGCUUCUCCUGCUGAAUGAGGGCAGUUAAUACUUCAGCAUUCGCUAUAGUGUGGGUCACAAUUGACAGCUAAACAAAGCCACCUUAAUAAAUGUAUUAAACAUAGGUAUAGGACACAAACACACAUGCAAAGUCCCUUGCUUUUGUGAUGGGGCAGCAUUAUCCUCUUGUCAGGAAAAAAAUAUAAAUCUUAACUGUGUGAACAUUAAUCAUAGAAAGGAUCCACUCCUAGGCUUUAUCUAUUACCACAUUAAAGGUAAUACUUGUAUUACGCCACCACUUUCAACCAUAAAAAAAAUGAACCAACCAGAUACAACAUGAGAAAGUCUCAAGAAGAGGAAGCUAUUGACUUAGGGCACGUCCACACUACUAUGGUUCUUGUUAAAAAUGCAGGCAUUAGUCUUCAUUUUUUUCCCUUGUCCACACUAAUCUGCCGUUUUCAGCCUCUGAAAGCAGAGGCUUUUGAAAACAAUCUCUAGUGUCGCAGAUUUCUGAAAACACAGCUUCCGCAUCGUAAUAUUUGAAAAUGCAGACUCAAAUUGCAUUCAGUCCUGUUCGUGCUUAAUUAGCCCUUUCGUCAUUGGAUUCUGCUCAUUCCCUGAUUGGUCACCCUUUACAGAAGAAAAACAAUCCAACACAGCAGACACAGAAAAGUUGAUUUCCAUAAAACUUGUUUUGUUGUUUGCCUGUAUACAUCUAAAUUGGGUUUUGUACAGUUUAAAUGCUGCAUGUUGCACUUUUUCAAAUCUUGUGGCCAGUGGUGAUACCAUUUUUGAGCUGAUGCGUGCAUGCCCAGUGUAGGUGAACGUGUGUGUUCUUAGUCAUUUAAGUGUGUAUAGAGAUGCUUUCAUAAAUGUACAGUAAGGGUGGAAGACAUUUUCAAUUAAAAUAAUAGCUUUUAAAUGAAAACAUAGUAGUGUGGAUGUAUCCUAGCUCUUAGUUUUUGAUUGGUUAACCAAUACUUAAACUGUUCCAAAACCUCUCUUUUUUUGUUGGGCCUCUUUUCUCUUGCACAUCUGAAGCAAAUCUUGGCACCAAGUCACACUCAAACAUACCCAACAAUUGUAGUUGGCUGGUUUGAAGUCACUGGUUGGCUUAACAGAAUGCCUUUGGAUUGGCAGAGGAAACAAUCCCCUAGUGAAAAGUCACAGGAACACAAGGUGAACAUGCUAGUGACACAUGGCACACUAUCUACUUCAUCUGAAUUGUGCAGUUUGUCAUAUAGCUGCUUUUCACAUUCUAAAUCUAAACUAAAUAUAAAUUACUUGUUGAUUCUGUAGUAUCUCUGAUUAAAAUUGUCUCACAGAAUUCAUACUAAGCUGUGGCAGGUGGAGUAGUAGAAAGAACAUCAAGUAAUCUAUGGACAAAUUUGCUCUUAAAGUGAAGAAGGGAAGAAAAUUUUUCUGAACACAUUGUACCUUGUGAUCCGUGUUUCACUCACCAAAGGGUACUUUGAGUGUGUGUAAAAUAUAGAAUCUGAAUCUUGUCA